ACAGUUAGCGCGCGUUAGACUAGUCUAGCAUCUAAAUGUUAGAAUAGCUCUUAGAACUGCAUGUAGGUUAAAUUCGCGCCUUUUCUGCGGUUAUUUUUUUUUGUUCGGAGAAUGGCGAAAAACUGGAAUACAAAACUUCGCCCCGAAAAUUUCGUGAGUGACUAUCUAUUAUCAAAAAUAAAUACGGAAGUUUUAGCGGAUCGGAAGUUUGCAACCCCAUUAAUAAAUACAGAACUGUAUCUUGAAACAUGGCGGAAGAAGUUUCAUACUGCAGAAGAAUAUUUGAAGCAUCAAAGAAAAGAAUAUGAGCAAAAAAGAAUCGAAAUGGAUGCAAAGUGGAACGAAAUAUUUCUAGAAGGUCAAACUUUCCAAGAUAAUUUUCUCAGUUUUAACGAGUUUAUUAUUGCCAAUCAUGAUAAAAGAAAACGAGCCGUUGAAAACAUAAAAUAUAACAACAAAAUCGUUAAAGAUAGAGAAGAGGGAAUUCGCAAUUUCAGCGCUAGUAUUUUGGAAUUACAUCAGUUGAAAAAAGAAAUCGAUGUGGAAAUCUACAAGCAUGCAAUCUAUAAGAAAUAUCUGGCUUCGGUGUUAGAAAAUUCUACAGACGAAGGGUUUAUAAACGCUGAUAGUAUAGUAGAAUGCUACGAGCACUACGUAGAACUCGCCUUAGACAUAGUAAAGAAACAAACAAAUGAUUUUAGUAUAUUACAGAACGCUAAAGGAGAACUAGCCAAAUUUGAAGAGAUAAACCGAAAUGUAAUAUUAGGCCUUCACACCCAAGUAGCGGGUCUUCAUGGCCGUUACGAAGAAGCUGUCCGCAAAACGCGUCACUUGGAAUAUUUAAUCGGUAAUAUUAGGCGUAAAGCUCUUGAAAAUUUUACAGACAUGAUGAUAACAAAAUUGGCGAUUACAAAUUUGUAUGUCCAAAUGUGCCAAAAGAAAAACCUGAAACCGACAAUCGCCAAACAUAACUUUGAAGGCAAGCUUAUAUUUAUCAGCAGAAUACUCAAGCAGUACGACAACCUUUUCGCUAAAAUCCAAAAGUCGGUCAAAAAGUAAAGGAAAUAAAACUUCAGCAAUAUGA